CUUUCUACUCACGUAUAAUAAUCAUUAGGCGGUUUCUGAACAGAUAUAGAUAUAAAUCAGAAUUAUUAUCGUUCAAAUUAUGAAGUGCGUGUGGCUCAUUUCUUACCAUAUUGAACGAAUUGGACUGUUUCUCGAAUGAAAGAAAACCAUUGAGGAGAAUAAGAGUUUGUGUGUGAAGGCGGGGGCAAUUGGAAUAGAUCAUCACUGAUAUUGAAUUCAUUAGAGAGAUCAAUUUGUAUCGAUCGUCGUCGACCAAUAUUUGGUAUUCAAUCGAUGAUCUGUUUCUGACUAAUCACCAGGAAAAGACACACUAACUUGUCUACACUCGGCGGUUGAUGCGCCGACACCGGGACUCCUCAGACGGACGCUAGCUACCAUGGACGUCGUUUGUAAAACUGUGUGUCUGCUUUGUACGAUUACCCUGUCAACCGGACAGUUCUUCGCAGGGUCAAACCCUAAUGGAGCCGAACAGCCAUUCCAACAAAACUCACGAUUGAGCAUGCCACAGCGUUUUAGGAACUCACAACACACGGACCCCAGACUCGCGGCACAGAUGGGGGUGGGGAUGCACUCUCGGUUGAGUACUGGGAUGCCAUUUAAUUCCCUGAUGCCGACGACUCAGGUAACCAUGGCACCUGGAAUCCAGAGGAGCCGACUAGGAAGUCCACAACUGCAAACAAGCACGAAGGCGCCACCUAUUUCAUUACUGCAGUUCUUAUUGGAGACCACCCCACAUCCGGACAGCGGUUCACAACGACCCGUCAGUGUUAGUCGAAACCGUCCGGCGCUACACACGACGAGGAACAUUCAGAACUCACCUUUUCGCACCGUGCAGAUCCAAGCGACCGGUCAGCCAUUACAAGGCUCAAGGAGAGUGCCACCAGGGCACUCUUCUUCACCAGGUACACAAAGCCAACCUGGUCGCCAAAAUAUAGGACAAGAAAGAACGAACUCAAUGCCACUAGCAUCCAAUGGUUUCCGAAAUCCACAACAUUUCCAAAGAGCAAGUCCACAAAGAGUAGGACUUACACAAACGCCGUUAAAUGUAUUUUCUAAUCAACCCGUUCAUAAUCAGUUAAUGUCACAGUGGAAUAACCCACCUGGACCACAGUCAUCAAGCCCAUCGCAAAAUGAUCCGCAAAAUCAAAACCAAUUUUCUGCACAGAGAGUUGGGCUGGCGCAAACAUCACAAAACCCACCGGUUCAGCAACAGUGGAAUCUCAGGAGAAAUCUUAAUACGCAGCCACAUUCAAUGAAUUCAUUUCGGAACCAAGUAACCCAACAAAGUUUAUCCCCACAACGAGUAGAGCCUGCACGGACAGCAGCAGAAACCACACACAGGAAUAACCAGUGGCAAACACCCGGCUCAUUGCUUAACCAGCAUCACCAGUCACAGCCAAUAGAGAGCGCACCACGACCUAUUGAAUCUGUACCAUUUACUUCACUAAAUUCAAAUAGCAAUCCACCCAUCCCUCCAAAUCCAGUUCAAGUAAACACAUUGCAGCCUCUACAGUCCAACAGCAAUCAGUUUACCCCUCCUUACCAGAACAUUGCUGCUCACAGGACCGCACCACGCCAUGUUAACCCUCAGUCUGUCACCCCAUCAACAACUCCAGCACCGGCGCCAUAUGAAGUUAGACCAAACCUAGAACCAGCUCCUGUUCAAUCGUCACAAUCCUAUGUUUUACCUUCUAAUCCAGUUAGACCAAACUCUCCUUUCAAUGUACAACAAAACCUACCAGUUUCUUAUAAUGUACCGAAUGGAGAAGAACAUGUGUCCUACAUGACAUCACCCAAUAUUGUGCGCAGUUUACCAAAUACAGAGAGAAUAUGGAAAACUGAGACUUCAUUGUCCAAUGCUUUACGACGAAACUUGCCUGAAACACAACCAGUAACGGUUCAAAAACCAAGCAAAGUAGUGGCAACAAAUGUUCUCCGUAAGUUGCCAGACAACCAACCACCAUCACCGAGAAGAACGAAGACGAGAUCAUCCAACAUUAAACAAAUACUGCCUAGUGAUCAACAACUCGGAAUGAAUCUUAAACAAAACGUGGUAUCAAACUCUUUACCAAAUACACAGCCUAAUAGCCAUUUAAUGCCAAAAAGAAGUGAAAGUAUGCAAACCCCAGCAUUGCAAACGAAUGUCAAUGGACAUCAAAAGCCGACAACUCUUUUCAAUAAGCGCCCGUCAGUCAACAGCAAUACAAACCCCACGAGUACAACACAGCAGUCAAAUAUCGAAACAAAGUCGGGGCUCAUUCCUACAGUCAUCAAUGGAAAGAAGUACAUGAUCAAUCCGAAUUUUGUACAUCUUCUUCAAAACUUGCUUUCAAAAGCAGGGCUUGAUAUGAAAACAGGGCCGUCCGAAAAGGUAUCACCAAAUCGUCAGAUAAAUACACAAAGGAUGGAACGGAUACGUCAGCCAUCUCAACCUCAGCCCCAAACACAGUCCGACUACGAACCCCCUGUAACCAAACAAAGAAUAACGAAGGUCAAACCUACUCCUAACGCAGUGAAAGCUGCGGCUUACACGAACCUUGGAUCUGUAAGUCAGACAGAGGGCGUAAAUAACCAGUUUAAAAGAAAUCCAAAUGUAUUGGAGGCCACUGUGGCAGACCCAAACAGCUUAAUUGCCAUCAAACCGCAGAGUCCAUACUCAAAUACAGUUCAGCGACCGCGAUUAACCACGUCAGCCACUGCUACACCAGUAAUCGAGAGGAUUACUUAUCCAAACACAUCGUCAUUUGUCCCAAAGUCACCACCAACGCCCCCGACCACAACAACACCAUUACCAGUGACGACUCUCGCGCCCAAGAGAAGAAAGGCUCUUCUUUUACCGUUCAGAGAUAUCCCGGCAAAACAAACCACGACCAAACCUGUGGUCAAAACCACUCUGAGACCCACCCCUCCGCCUCCUCAAAUGGCACCCAGCCAAGGAACAACAAGUCUCUCUACUACCAAAUCUGUUACUCCUCCUCCAAGAAAUGUUAUUAGUGGAACGACAAAGUCAGCUAACACGGUCCCUCCCAUUCUUACCCCUCGCUACCUCUCAGACAGAAGAACUGUCGCAACUGAGGCUCCAACCACUCGUUCUGUAGGAGGGACAGCCACAACGAUAUCUCCAAGACCCUCUGGGCUAGUAAGUCAAUCGGCCGGUGCUCUCAACAAAUUGGAAACACAGCAAGGAAAUACAGUGGACAUUUCUCAAAAUACCGUCUUGGAUCGGACCUCUCCUGCACUGGACACACCCUCAUUGAACCAAGAUCCACAAUAUACAGCCAGUUCACCCUAUCAGCAAUCUCAAUACAACGCUAAUAAUGAGCUUGUUAAUGAACUAACACCCGAACUAACACCAACUCAAAAAAGUAAAGUUGAUGUGCAGUUUAGUUUUAAUCUGGGUCAUUUCAGUCGCAACAGAUCUAAAAAGACAAAUGAGGAGGGGUCAGUUUUCAAUGAAAUGAGUGAUAGGUUUUCUCCACCUAAAGGAGUCAGUGUUCACAAAGGUUUCGUAGGGUUCAACAACAAAGCAAACAAUGUUGAGUUGUUAGUGUUACGGUAGUUGUUAUUAGAUACAGUUCAUGUAACGUACUGUACUAAUAAUGCUGUAACAAUCGUAACGUACUGUUCUGACAAUGCUAUAACAAUCGUUGUGAUUGAACCCGAACUAUUUGUUACGUUGGCUGUGAUUGGACACACACUCGGACAGUAGUUGUGUCGUAAGAUAUGGCUGGACAAUCAAUUAACUGAUCUGGUGCGAAUGUCGUGUCUGGAUUCCAAAAGCCCUGUCCCAAAAGUUUCGACUUGUCUUACGUGUUGUGGACGAUAGCCAGCAAAGGCUGUGCGAGACAAACUCUGUCGCCAUAGUUUAUUCAUUUGUUACAAUGUAGCAUCUUUGUAUACAAUUUUGUUGUUAUGCCUAUGCAAACAGUUGAGAGUUAUAUGAUUAUACUUUUUGUUUCAA